AUGAGAUCCCCAACAUCCAAAAACCCCAAGACUCUCCUCCUCUCCCUCUUGGUUCUCCUAGCAUCAAGCCCAUCGAGUCCAGUAUCGGCCCACCGAUCCUCAUCCUCCUACUCCUCCUCCGCCUUCACCGAGUGGCACUCCGCACAUGCCACCUACUACGCCGCCGCCGACCCACGUGACACCAUAGGAGGAGUUUGCAGGUACGAGGAUCUGGGUAACAUCGGGUACGGAAUGGCGACAACGGGUUUGAGUGAGGCUCUAUAUGAAAACGGCCAAGCUUGUGGGGGCUUCUAUGAGAUUAGGUGUGUUGAUGAGCUGAAGCAUUGCAUUCUCUAA